AUGAAACAAGGUAUCAUUAGCACAGUAGACUAUCCUACGGAUUGGGUAAAUAACAUGCAGUUAGUAGAAACACCUGAUGGUUCAUUACGCAUUUGUCUUGACCCGAAGGCACUUAAUGCAUGUAUUAAGCGGGAGCAUUUUUUAAUACCAACAACUGAAGACAUUAUUGGCCAACUAUCUGGUAAAUCUAUUUUCACUAUACUUGAUCUAAGUAAUGGUUUCUGGCAGCUGGAGCUUGAUCGUAAAAGUUCUGACCUAACCACUUUUAUGACGCCUUUUGGGCGUUAUCGUUGGAAUCGUGUUUCUUUUGGAAUCAGUAGUGCACCAGAAAUGUUUCAGAGGAAAAUGGUUCAGAUUUUCGGGGAUAUACCAGGUGUUCAAAUCUAUUUUGAUGAUUUAGCCAUCACAGGAUUAUGUCUGGCUGAGCAUGAUCGCGCACUAACUACUGUUCUGGACGGAGCUCGCAAAAAUGGCUUCAAAUUUAAUCCAAAAAACAUUCAAUAUCGUCAAACGGAUGUCAAAUUCAUGGGCUAUCACAUAAUCAAUGGUCAUAUUUCUCCUGAUACGAAACACUUAGAUGCCAUCCUUAAAAUGCCUCGACCAUCAAGUAAACCUGAAGUUAUGCGAUUAGGAUUGUAA